UAAGAGACGCUCCGUGAUUGGCCAGUCCGAAGGUGUAGCCUGUCUGGCUUCACGAGCGGGAGUUCUUGCUAGAGUUUUUACAAUACAGCGGCUCCAGGAGCGAUUAACAAGGUUUCUGGAUGGACACCUCUUAUGUGACCAGUGCCAGACGGUUAAGGAGUACCAGCCGUCGUCCUGCCGCCUAUGGCAAUGUCCCAUCUAAUAGCGUCCAGAGCCAGGUUUCAAAGGAAGUUCUUCUACAAGACACGUUGCUGAGAAACUUGGACAGCGACCUGUCUGAGGAAGUUGUGUACAAGACGAGCAGUCUCAGGGACGAGUCUGAGCUGUAUUCCGAAUCAGAGCAACCUGAACACAACGGCACCGCCAAGUCACAAGUGGUCACUUCCAGGAAAAGUAAAAGAUGGCCAUGGCGGUUAUUCUCCAUGUUCUGCUGCCUUGUGGUUGUCAGCAUGCUCGCCGUUCUGCUUGUAUGUCUUUAUAUUGUACUGCAAGAUAUGCACUAUGGAAAAGAGAGUGAAGAAGAAGUGAAAACCAGUAUGUUAGGGUUCUGGAGUCUGCUGGUCUUGUCAUUGGUUGCUGGCCUCUCUUGCUGCAGCUUCUCUUGGACUGUCACCUAUUUUGACUCUUUUGAGCCAGGAAUGUUUCCCCCAACUCCUCUUUCUCCUGCACGUUUCAGGAAGAUUACAGGCCAUUCUUUCCACGUGGGUUACACCAUGGCCAUAUUAAACGGCAUUGUGGCCGCUCUCACUGUUCUCUGGUGUCUGCUCUGAAUGUAUAGAAUGUUCUUCAAGGAUCUCCAGUUUUCUACUUACAAGGAAUGUCGCCUUCUUUGAAAUCCAUGAAUGGCAUCCUAAAGGGGACUGUCAGGUGUGCUAAGGAGCAGGCAUCAUUUCAGCAAAUACCUUUUCAAAUGCACCAAGUCAAUUAUGGUGCUCCCAAGAAGUCACCCUAAUCUGGGCUGCAAAAUCCAUUUUGGCCUUGACUCCAGCUCUGAGUUAAACCCUGCUGUUUAACAAUCUAUGUCAGAGCCAAAGUUGGCUGCUCUGAUAUUGUAGUGUUGAAUAGCGGUAGUGGAUCAUAGCCUAA